AUGAGCAACCGAAGAUCUCCUCCUUUAUCUAAAGAAAGGCUAGAAGCUGCUCAUCAGAUUUACCUAGAUAUGGUUUCAGAUCCAGAUUCAAACUUCUCUCAAAAAAAUAAAGAAAAUAUCUUAAAAAAAUUUAGAAAUAAAAACAACAAUCAAUCUGAUGACAACAAAUCGAAUUCUUCAAACUCAAAUCAACAAAAGCAUAUUAAUUAUUCGACCAAAGAGGUUAAAAAGGAGCGGCCGCCAUUAAUAGAUCCUCGAAUUCCUCCACCCGAAUCACCAAAGAAAGCGAAAGCAAUGUCUCAAUCUAUGGCAAAGUACUAUUCUCGACACAAACAAAAUGAUAAUGCAACUGAUGAUUAUAUUAGACAGAGGAAACGAGAAGACGAAGUAGCAGCACAGAGAAUUCAAAAAGAUAAAGAACUUGCAAAAAAAUUUACACGUCAAGCAAUUAAAAAAUACCGAUGUGAUAAAGAACGAGAAAAAUUAACACAAGAUCUCCAAAAAAUACGAGAUUUUGAAGUUGCUUUGCACUUAGAAGAAAUGAAAAAACCAGUAAAACAUUAUACAAUGCCAGACUUUUAUUUACAUGAAGUCAGACAUCAAGAAAAGUGUGAGGAGUCUUCAAGAUUUUUAACAUCUGUAGUUCCUCCAAAACCUCGUAAAACUGUUCCACAGCCAAUGCCUUUGUAUUAA